AUGGAUCCAGACGAAGAACGUGACGCCGCAGAGUCCCUGCUUCUCUUUUCUCAAGACCCAAGAGAGAAUGCCUCUCACAAUACCCAGGAGCGUCCUCCCGUCAUGUCCCACGGAGAAGCUCCUGCUCCAAGCUCUAGGGGUACAAGCUCCGACCCUCCAGGAAACGAAGAAGGGAGAGACACGGGACCCAGGAGAGUGGAGAUGACGCCCGCAAAUGCACUGCAGGCCUACCUGAUCAGACAGCAGAUCCUCGCCGGAAUCCCUCCCCAGCACAUGAUUCCCAUGACGGGCCAGGCUCAGGGCGAUGGAUCGACUCUGUACGCACAAGGAGCUUUUGCGGGCUACGGACCUUCAGCACCUGGAGGUGGAACUGGGCAGCGCAUCGAGGCUCCACACAACGGGUUCGACUUGUUAGAGGCUUUAUGCCGAUGCCUAGAUGUGGCUCAGAUGAUUACCGACUACCUGGACGUGCAGGAUUUGGUCAAUCUGUAUUCCGUCUCCAGAUCCUGCCAAAGCAUGUUCAACCAGAACUACCCGAGGUUUACCCUCCGCCACGCCCGGCUGAAUGCUCCCCAAUCGGCACGUGUAUUCCCGUACCUCUGCUACUACUGGCUCUUCAUCCCGGGAAAGUUUGCUCUGAAUGUCUAUCACCCUGUUAACCGACGUGUAGAGUUGCAUCCGAUACCCACGUUCCGCUGGUUGGCCAUGGUCCGCCACAGGGAAGCAGUCGUGAACGAUAUCGUCCACUUGAUGGAACAAGAGGGCUUCAGGCUGCCCACGCCCUGUACACUGGUCAUCAAAAAGCUGUGGUUCCUCAUGGACAUACCUGACAACCGGCGUCGCGAGUGGACAAUCCAGAAUCGAAGACUGUGGGAGGACAUCGACUUCUUCUUCGCGAUGUUCUUCCUCGUCCAGCUCGACAUUUGUCUGAGAAGGCGGCACAACAAGCCGAACGGCGCUCUUCGGCGUCUCGUCAUGGCGCAGCCCAGUCUGAUGUUCCUGUGGAGAGUUCUCACAAACACUGCGCUGACGAACCAGUUUGAAGUUGUCGACGCUUUCGUCCGAUGGCAGUACACUUUGGAGCAGCGCGAGCCCGGCGUGUAUAUAUUUGGCGUGCCUUCUGAACAGGCGGGGCUGCUCCAGUACGAAGGGUAUCGUCCAACAGACGGAGCACAGAUACUGCAGCGCCCGGACGAACUCGUCGUGCGCGAAAUGGUCAGAAGAGGACUGCAUAUGCAGACUAUGUAUCGUGACAUUUUUCUUCUCGGCAAUACACAGCCCUACACCACUCCUGACUCUAGAGAUGCUACAUGGGACGAGGAAAUGCGUCAAGCAGUUAGAGGCACGGGGGAGGAUUGGAUGGAUUGGGUGAUACUGGAACAGUCCUGGGCGGCAGCAGAAAGGGACGUUUAG